GUGUGGCUUCAUUGGCGGCGAUAUCUAUGAAAUUGCAGAGGAGAUGGCGACUAGGCAUGAAAAUCCUGGAGUAAGAUUGAUGGAAAACAGUGGAAGAGAACAGGAACGAUAUAGAUCUACUUCUAACAAACAAAGCAAAGAAGAGGAAGAAUUGACAAGGGAAGGUGACAAACUGGAUAAAAAAAUUAGUCAGUUGGAAGAAGAGAUUGCUCAUAUAAAACAAAUCAUUGAAGAAGAAGAGAGAUACACCAGUGCCUCUCGUGAUGCUCGUAAGAUGUAUGGUGACAUUACACCUGGUGAUCAAACACAUCAAGAUGUGAUACUGCUGUAUCAGAAUCAUUUCAAGAGUGCUUUCCGUAACAUGCCUAGAGAUCUCUCUUCAGUGGAUAAAUUUAAAGUAUGGCAGUUAUGUGCUGCUAUUGUGCAGGAAAGUUUUGAUGCAAAUAAAAGAGAGAUCAUUGAUACAAUAAAGAAGGACCUUAUGGAAACACUUGAGCUUUCAAAGACAACAGAAGGUCAACUUUCUGAAGCAAAGAGAGAUUUGCACCGAGCCUUUAAGAUGAUGAUUUCAAAGAUUGAUCAAGCAGAGAUUAAGGAGAAAGUACUGGGAAGCCAACCUGAUAGAAAACAGGAAAAGGUUUUUGAUUUUGUCAUGGAAGUCAUUUUGAAUCUUGAUCCAGCUGAUUAUGAAUCGUUUUUGAGGACAGGAGAGCUCAAGGAUAGGCUGAAAGUCCUAGAGCCUCCAAAAAACAAAGCCUCUUCAUCUACUUAACUCCUGAUAGGACUGAUUUUGCAUGCAUUAUUAGGGCUACAUAAUUAUAGUUAUUAUUUUCCUAGUUUAUGGAUGUACCGUAUUUUGUGAUAUAAAA